GUCAGUGAUCGCGGUGUCUCGGGACUCCUCAGAGAUGCAUCUCUCUUUGAGUCAACCACAUUUCCGGACACUCCUGUUGCUGGUGUCCAGUCUGCUCGUGUGGGACAAUGUGACCUCUGUGCCCACAAGCCCUAUUUCAGAUGAUUGCUGCCAGGUAUCCUUCAAGGACCUAUUUGAGCGGGCAGUCAAGGUGUCUCAGUACAUCCAAAAAGAAGCCGCAAGUGUGUUCACUGAAUUUAAAAACAAGUUUGGCCAGGAGUGGGAACACAACCACAGGCACCUUCAACACUGCCACACGUCUACACUUGACACUCCAGAGACCAAGAAGCAAACGGAAGACAUGCACCCUGAAAUCCUAAUGAAAUUGGUACAAAUUGUAUUGCAAGCCUGGAACACUCCUCUGCAACAUCUAGUGACCGAAAUAUCUGCCAUGAAAGAAAUCUCCACUUCCAUCCUCUCCAAAACCAAAGAGAUUGAGCAAAAGCACAAAGUGCUUCUUGAGGGAGUGGAGUGGAUCUUCAGCAAGUUUCAGACUGGAUAUACCGAUAAUAACCAAAGGAAGGUGCCGACCUGGUACCAGCUGGAAUCCCUGAAGUCUUCCAACAAGGACACUCGGCUUUUCACUAUGUAUAACACGUUUUACUGCCUACGCAGGGAUUCAAAUAAGGUCGCCACUUACAUCAAUUUCCUGAACUGGCGAAUCGUGCAGAGCACAACUGAGAAGCCUGCCUCCACUGGGACCCAUACCAACUCAAUCAAACAUGGGGAACAGCAUGGAGAGAAGGAAAUGGGCAGUGGUCCAGCCCUUCUCUGGGAACUGCUGGCCAUGGAUGGCUGCUGGAUGAGGGAGAGGACACUCUUCCUGAUGCUGGUGUCCAGCCUGCUCCUGUGGGAGAACGUGGCCUCUGCUGUUGCCAAGUCGAAUAGCGGCAAACCACCUCUCUUAAUGGACACAUUUAAGCAGGCAAUCAAGCUGUCUAAGGAAAUGAAUCAACGGAUUAGAGUGGUGUCUGAUAACUUUAAUCAGUUUUACACCCAGGGCCGUGGUUUUGAGCGUAGAAACGCCACAAGUUGUCACACUGAUCCCCUUGGUAUUCCAGAAAACAAGGAUCAAGCCAGCCAGAUCCAGUUACAAACUGUCUUCUGUGUUUUCUGUAAUGUCAUCAGUAUUUGGUACAGCUGCAGUUCUCAUUAUGCUCGUUAUGUUAGUCAAAAGCCGGAAGUCCUCCUGAAAGGUUUGCAAAGUCUCCUGAGUGCCUGGAUCGAGCCUCUGUCCCAUCUUUGGUCUUUGAUGUUAAACAAGCUGGGAUACACUCCUCCUAUGCUCACAAGAGUCAUGGAGGUGAAAGAAAAAAACGCGAAGAUUCUGGAGAGUAUUAGGAAGAUCCUUGACCAGGUUAACAUUGGAACUGGAGGAAAUGAGGGCUACCUUCCCUGGUCUGGAUUGGCAUCCUUGCAGGCGGCUAACAGAGACACUAGGUAUUUCGCUUUUUAUAACCUGUUUCGCUGCCUGAAACGGGAUUCAAGUCAUGUUGAACUUUAUCUGAGGUACCUGCAGUGCAAAUCGGUCCAAGGCAGCGGCUGCUGAGCUCACGUCUUAUUCUGCUUCUGAGAUGCUUCUUGAUGGUCCACAGAGGCAAAGCUGCAUUUACCUGUUGAAGGCAUGUUUCUGUGUAAUGGCAUUCUCUUCCUCAAAAAUAAAAGCAGUCUUUUAUUUUU